AUGCUGUCCUGGCCCUUGCAGCCCGUCACGUGCGAAGACUCGUUGCCUCCAGUGCACGGUCAGUCCGGGAGACGGAGACAAAGGUCACCGCAAGAUUCAGGUGACAAGUUUCCCUUCUUACCUUCGGUGGGAACAUGGCUGCUUCCUCUACCGCGCAAAUUUGUCACAGAUGCAUCGCAGCCGACGCCCGCCAAGAGCGACAUGCAAAUCGUCCUUCCGAAAACAGAGGGCAAGGUACUCCCCCUUCUCGAGAUCAUGCCCGUGAAGGCGGAGAUCUGGACUGGAUACUACACGAGCACGUGGACAACCUGCGAGAUCCGUCUUCACCAUGAUCGUAUCGACAUUCUCGAUUGCACAGGUCCUGAGGCAGCUACGGAGCUCAUGAAGCUUUGGCUUUCGGAGUUGCCUAAGACCGCAGUCCAGGUGGAUGGGAGAACGAUCGCCCUGGCAGCUCUUGCGCAGGUGCGAUGCAAAGGUGCUUCAGAGGCUUCACUCCUUGCCGUGGCGAUACGGUCUGCUGCCGAGAGGCUGGUGAGCAAAAUUCAUGAGCGCAAGUGGUCCUUUGUGUGUUUGAACGUGUACGACCUCUUCAAUUGGCAGAUGAGUAUUUUUAACAACGUGACGUGGCUGCUGGGAGCCGGUGGCGCCUACCAUGCUGCUGUAGAGGUUUACGGCGUGGAAUAUGCCUUUGGAGGCACGGAGUGCGGAAUUGGUGGCAGCGGGAUCACCACCUGCACACCGAAGUCUUGUCGGAAGCAUUCCUUCAGCGAAAGCCUCUGUCUGGGCGUGACAACUAUGUCAGCAGAGGAAGUUGAACAGCUGAUGGUGGAAUUGGCACCAGAGUGGUUGACACAGGACUACGAGGUGUUGGGUCCAAACUGCAUCACUUUCUGCCGGCACAUGUGCAGCAGACUUGGCGUUGCUGACGUGCCAGACUGGGUGGAUGCCAUGGCUCGAAGCAUCAAAGAACGCAAUGUCAUCUUCGAUCCCUCGACGGGCUCGGCCAAUUACAAGGGAGGAUCCUGCCCUCAACAGCAUUCGUGCAAGCUGCAAUCGCAAGGCUUUCUCGCUGGGUUCGUGGAAGUUGUGGUCUGCAGCUCCUGCGAGUGCGAAAUCGAGCCUGGCCUUCAACACUGGCACUGCAGUGAGUGCGACGAGAGUGCAGACCUCACCCCUACGGGGAUGAUUGCGCUGGACCCCAUGUGUGGCGUUGGCACGUAUCUUUUUGCCUUGCAGUGGGUCCUCGCCCGCGAUGGAGUGUCGGCCGAGUUAUUGGGAGUAGAUGCCGAGCGAGAAAGCCUUGCACAUGCUCGAUCCAAUGCUUCUCGGCAAGGCUGUCGAACACUGGCCCCAGAAUUCCUGGCUGGGGGAGCUAAUCGAGCCUUCGUUGCCAUGGCUCGUGUGUGGGAUUUCUCGGCGAGUUUUGAGCCGAAGACCGUCGCCACAGCCAUGGCGCGCAUCUGGAAGCUCGACGGCUGGAAGUUUGCGACGGUUCAUGAUGCAAACAACCGGCCCGUUGAUCAUUGUCCAAUCUCGCUGGAGCCGAUGGAAGAUCCGGUGCUUGUGUGCGAUGGGCACAUCUAUGACCGGAACUCCAUCACGCAGUGGAUUGCGGAGGGUAACAAGCUAUCGCCCUGUGUCGGUGAAGAUUUGGCCCAUACCAAACUGCUGAGGAUUCAGCCAUUUCGCGUUGCCGUGGAACGCUUUCUCAGGCAGCGUGGAUCUGCGAGCACAUCAGCGGAGCAGGCUGCAGUCUUCAAUCAAGCCGAGGGAACUGAUCACAUGCAGACUCAUGCUGCGGUGGCAGCCAUGGUGCAGAAGAAGCUGCAGCAAAGGGUGGAGAGGGCCAACGGCAAGGGCAAGGAAAAGUCAUGCGAUCGGGCAUUGCCAGCUGGCCGCUUCGCACUCGACGCCUUGGAGAGCUCGGUCCAUGAGAACGAAGAACGGCUGGCACAGAUGCAAGAGAGGGUGGAUGAGGGACGCCGCGAGAUGGAGAAGCUUCGGGGCAGUCUUCAGGAAGCGGCGCUCUUGCUUCUGCAGAGAUCUCUGCUGCGACAGCAUCUACAACCUCGCAGAGAGAAGGCAGCGACAAAGUUGCAGAGGUUCUUCCGCCAGCAACUCAAGCUGCGAACUUGGCGAAUCAGAGCGGAGAAGUUGGCCUCGCAUUUCGCAAGAGCCCUGGCUGCGGGCAACGAAGAGCUCGUGGCUCGCUUUCAGUCCAAGGGCGACGUCGACUACAAGCUCGUGCUUCGAUAUCUCAAGGAGGGAGAAGUCAAUCGACAACUCCAUACCGGGAUUAAUCCACUUUACACUGCGGCGAAAGCAGGUCAUACGAUCAGCGUGCGGCUCCUGCUGAAAGCUGGGGCAGACAAGGAGGUGAUGGCUGCUGCGGGAUCGGAGGAGAGCAAAAUGCACACUGUGAAGACAACCCCGCUGUAUUCGGCGGCCUCGUGUGGGCACAUUGGAGUUGUUCGGCUCUUGUGCGAAGCUCGUUGCAACAUCAACGCCGGGCCUGCAUUGACUCCACUUUUCCAUGCCGCCGAGUCAGGCCACAUGGAUGUAGUGCGUGUUCUAUGUGCUGCCAGAGCAGCCGUCAACCUGACCACGGAUACUGGUCUGGUUCCGUUGCAUGCUGCAGCCAAGAACGGAGACUUGGAAAUGGUGCUCCACCUGUUCAGAUCUCGAGCUCAACCUGACAUAGCCACAAGAAAGCCCGCCACGAUAUGCGCCUCUCACGGAAAGGGUGAGUUGGAAGCACGAAUUACGCCUUUAUUCCUGGCUGCAGGAAACGGGUUUGCCACAGUUGUCCAGGCGCUUUGUGCUCAACGAGCUGAUGCUGGUCAAGCACUGCCGGACAGCGGAAGAACACCCUUGUACAUUGCGGCAAGAAGUGGUCACGCAGACGUUGUGAAGGUCCUCGUUGAGGAAGGUGUAAGCGUCAAUAUAAGGCUAAACAAAACUGGUUGGCUGACGCCCUUGCUAGCAGCUUCGACAUACGGUCACAUGGCAUGCGUACAGAUACUCUGUGAAGCAAGAGCGGAUGUGGACGUUUCAGAUAGAGAGUUGGAUUCCACCGCAGUUCACAUAGCCUCGUCGCAGGGUCAUGCCGAUGUGGUCAAGCUGCUUUGCAAAAUGGGUGCAAACUUGAACAAAUCGCCAGCAAGUGGUGCAACAGCAGUGUACAUGGCCGCCCUGAAUGGCCACACCGAAGUUGUGCGAACUCUCUGCACAGCCAAGGCAGCGCCGGACACAGAAACCAGCAGCAAAUUCGGAAACAAGACACCGCUUUUCGUUGCUGCAAAGAGUGGGUACCUAGAGAUUGCCAAGAUCCUCUGCAUCGCUCGUUGUGAUGUACACCGAUCCUCAUCCACCGGUGCUACUCCCCUGCAUGUGGCAGCCAUGCAUGGUCAUGUGGAGAUGAUGGACAGGCUCCUGAAGAGCCGAGCAGAUUUGACCCGCGGGACCAGCAUCGGUGCCACGCCGCUCCACCUGGCAUCGCUGAGCAACAAGCCGGAGGCUGUGCGCUUCUUGUGCCAGGCCCGGGCGGACAAGCAUGCCAGCGCAGCCAGGACUGGGAGCACGCCGUUGAUGAUGGCCGUGCUUUGUGGUCACUCCGAUGUUGUGGACGUGCUGUGUGAGGAGGACCCGAAACGACAGGCGAAGAUGUUGAAGCAGACUGCGCUCUUGCUGCAUGUAGCUGCGCGUAAUGGCCACGAAGGGAUUGUGUGGCGCUUGUGCAAGUGCGGAGCAAACGUCAACGAAAUGGUGACACAGGAGGCUCUUGAUCAACUGCAUGAGGCGACACAACCACCUUGUGAAGAUGAGCUUGAGGCGGACAUGAGUAGAGAAGGGAUGAGAGAAGAUGAGUGGGCUGAAGACAACGGAGAGGAGGUCAAGAGAAAGCCUGAGCUCAGGGAGCCGGAGGCGGAUGAAGACGUGCCGGCUGAGGUCGAAGUGGAACGGGAACACCCCGAAGUCUCUUUGCAUGUAGGCGCAACACCGAUGUUUAUGGCUGCCUUGCUUGGGCAUUUCGAGGCCGUGAAGGUUCUCUAUGAAGCUGGAGCCCAGGUUGACAAGACUGGAGCAAAAGACGGGGCAACGCCCUUCAUUGUGGCAGCUCAGCAGGGACAUCUUGAAGUUGCAAAGUAUCUGCUCGAUCUUCAUGCUGAUGUUAACAGGCGCUUGACAGACAUGGGUGCCACGGCAAUCUAUCUGGCUGCAGAGAGUGGGCAGUCAGAGAUUGUACAGUUCUUGUGCAAAUACCGUGCAGAUCUAAAUCAGCCCACUAGUGAUGUCCCGCAGCCUCCAUUGCUGGCUGCUGCACUGCACAAUCACUACGACAUCGUUGCGACACUCUGUGCCGCCAGAGCAAACCUGGACCAAGUCCGGGACGACGCCACGCAGGACACGACCCUGACAAUGGCAUCAGAGUAUGGUUUCGUCCAGACCUGCCGUAGCCUCCUAGAAGCCAGGGCCAAUGCAAACAAGGCCACAGGUUCUGGAGCAGCGCCACUUCUCUUGGCUUCCGAACACGGCCACGAAAGUCUUGUGAAGCUCUUGUGUGCGGCGCGGGCUGACCCAAACCAAUGCUUGACGACCUCUCGUGGAAUAGCCCCUCUGCCGGUUGCUGUCAGAAGGGGCUUCCUGCCAAUCGUUGAGCACCUCCUACAAAGUCAGGCAGACCCCAACAUGAAGUGCUUUCCGGCACAUCUUUCAGCCAUUAUGCUGGCAACGGAAUCUGCAAAUGCCUGCUUAGGACACACGCUCGCAACGAUGCCUGAUACGCAUUUGCAUUCCGAUGUGGGUACCCCUGUGUUGUUCGUCGCUUUGUUACACCACCGGAUUGAGGUGGUGAGCAUGCUGUUGCGCCACCAAGCUGAUGCGAACCGAUGUGCGGACGACUUUAGUACGCCUUUGCUGUGUGCCGUGAGUACCGGUUUGACCCAGUCAGUGCGAAUCCUUUGUGAGGCCGGUGCGGACAUCAACUUCUCACGUGCACCCCAGGUCACAGCACUCCAAUCUGCAGCAGGCGAAGGCCAAGCCGAGAUCGUGGAAUACCUUUGUCAGAAGCGUGCUGACGUCAACCUGGACGCUCACGAUGGAACGUUUCCCUUGCUGGCGGCCGUGGCAACCGACGACAUUGACAACUCCCCCACCGUUGUUGAGCUUCUGCUGGUCAAGGCGGAGAUCGACAAGUCUACCAAAGAUGGGAAAACCCCACUGAUCGCAGCAGCUGAGCAUAACCAAGUCGAGACUGCGCGCCUCUUGCUGGGAUCUCGUUGCAACAUCAACGCUGCGAAGCAGAAUGGAACAACUGCUUUGCUCAUGGCAGCCGAGGUCGCUCCCCAAAGCUCCAACUUGGACAUGGCACAGCUCUUGCUUGAGCACAGGUCAUCAAUAGAUCGCGCAAACUUUGACUUCGGGGCGACUGCCCUGCACAUUGCGGCUUCUGGAGGACAUGCGCCUUUAGUACAGCUACUUCUUCAGCAUAGGGCACAGGUGGAUAAGCCUUCAACGAAGGGCCACAGACCACUUCAUUUUGCUUGCUGGUGGAACCAUCCUGAAAUUGUCCGCAUGUUGUUGGAUGCUAGAGCCGACAAGCAUGCACGCGUUGACAACAAGCCUGGCAACAACGCCUUCCUCAUGGCGGUGUUGCAAGACAACCCCGCUGUGAUGAAAAUCCUUUGCGAGGAUCAAAUCUCCGAGCAUCAAGACAUCGAGCUUUGCAGUGCUCUGUUACAUGUGACUGCCAGAAAUGGUCAGUCAAAAGUUGCUGACUGCCUUUUCGAACUCCGUUGCGACUUGAACAGGCUUGUCCAGGACGUGGAUAAAGCUGAUCUCACUUUGGCAGCACAAAGUGCACAGUGCGUGCACCCGUGCAACUCGGCAACAGCUAACGUCGAGGAGCCUGAAGACAAGGACUUUGAUGGUGCGGAUGCGGACGAUUUCGAGGAAGACAUGCUACGCGGAUGGGCUGAUGUCGAUGCUGGCUAUGCUGCGAUGUAUGCGGUGGAGGUCGACCUACAGGUUGGCGCCACGCCUUUGUACCUUGCAGCCUUCUAUGGUCAUGACGAUUUGGUGUACAGUCUCCUGUGCAACCGGGCUGAUCCCGAAAUCUCUUGCAGACAUCAAACCCCUCUGAUGGCUGCAGCCCAGGAAGGAAAUUCGGAGGUGGUGAGGGUGCUUUGCGAAAGCCAAGCAAGCCAAGCUCAUUUCGACCUCGACCGAACGGACCAGCAGGGAAGGACGGCACUUUUCAUUGCUGCAGAGGAGGCACGCACGGACGUCAUCUACGAGCUGUGCAGGGCAAGGGCAGAUGUCAACAAGGGAAUAGAAGGCCUCUCACCGCUCCACAUGGCUGUGAGCGGUAACUGUACGGAGAUGGUUUGUAUGCUGUGUGCCUCCGGCGCUGACAUUGAGGGUGUGAGGGCAAGCCUACAGCAGAUGAUCAGAGAGCGUGCCAGUGAAGAACACGGUGACAACGACAGGAGGCGGUUGGGGGGUGUGAAUGUGCAGCAUGUGUCCAGUCGGAUGCUUCCCGUCGGAAGCAACGCAGUCGACCUCAUCCUCGUUGACCCGCCCUGGGGGCAACGCCACAGCAGGCACACGUACGUGCGGCAGCAUCUCUACGCUUGGGCGUGCGAGUGGGCACGCGUUCUUCGACCCGGAGGCUAUAGUCCACAGGAGCUUGCCGAUUGCACGCACACUGGUCUCAAAGACGCGCAGCAAGCCGGCACCAGUUCACGCAAGGUCGUUGGGCGUUACAUAGCCCGUUUCAGGGUGCGGAAUCGUCUCGGCUGCUCCGUUCGGCUCCUAACACCACAGCCACAUGGCAGUGGCAUGAAUGGCAUGCAACAGCUUGAAGUUGCGCACGGCGCAGAGCACUUGAUCGAAGGUGCUGGUGAGGAUGGUCACGUGAUUGCUGUCAGAUUCCAGUUCCAGGGCCAGGAGUAUGACAAGGCAUUCAAAGUACCAAGCGAUGCGGUGCUUCUUCUCCGCUCAUUCGAGAAGGGAGAGAUUGCCUUCCGGGUUCAGACUGCCACGGGUUCUUCGCCCGCGGAGGAGGCAGCCGUGGAUUCCGUGCAGCUUUGGCAGGCAGUUGUCAGCGACGAGGAUGCAGCAACAGCCAGUCCUCCCCCAGUCACCGGGGAGGUUGUGGAGGUGAUUCCCGGGAACCUGUCUGUGGCAGAAGUGUCAGAGGACCCACUGUGCUAUGCCACCGGAUCUGGCACAUGGGUGGAUGCGGACCCGCAGAGCUGCGAUCGAGAAGAGGAGCUGGACAUGCUUUUUGAGGAAGAGUCAGCGAAAAGAGGCCAUGCCUCUGAUUCAGAAGGACCACAAGAAGCAGAUUCGGAGGCCUGUGUCGAAGCGGAUCCGACUUGGACGCUGGAACAGCGAGAUCUCUACGCGGAGCUUUUGGACUUGCAGUUCUCCACCGUGCGAGCUCGGAAAGCCCUGGAUGCUGGCUGCGCAGACCUUGAAGAUGCUGUGGAAUGGCUGGAAAAGCAUCAGCAUGAUGACGAUAUCGACAUCUCUCCUGCCAUGUUGAAAGCUCGCGAGGAUGAAGAAGUGGCUUUGGCCGUGCUGCGGGUGCUCACAAUCCCUGCUUUGCAUCGCCUUUCGUGCCUUCAAGCAUUGCACCGGAUCUUGAGGAACAUUUUGGCAGAUCCCGAGUCUCGCCGAGUCAGGCAAAUCCGGAUUCAGAACCCCCGGUUCAAAGAAAGGAUCGGGCGCUUUGCGCAGGCCGUCUCACUUCUUCGGAAGAUUGGUUUUCAACAAGGCGACUUUUGGACCAGCGCAUUCGACCGUGAGCCGUGUUUGGAAUGGCGGCUGCCGGUGGGUUCUGCCAACCCGAUGUCGCAGCGAAUGGAACGCGCAUUCUCCCUAAUUGAUGAAGUCCUACGUGCUCCGGAUUCUUGGAUACCCAGCGUUUGUGCUGCCAUGCCCGAGGUGAAGAGCAGCUUCGGCGAAGCAUUGGACGUACCAACAUCACCAACGUCCUCCGAAAUUACUUCCACUGCACGUGAGCUGCUUGCAGAAGUGCAUGCUCGUCGAGCUCGCGACCCGCGAGGCUUCCAGGAAGCCAUGCGAGCUGCAGGACGGCAGCCCAAUCCAUCGGUGUAUAGCCUUCAGUCUCGUGCAACUGAUGCCAACUGGCGACCGCUCUCGGAACGCUUCCCCGGAAAGCGAGAGUUUAAUCUACAGGAUCUCGAGAACAUGCGUGUGGAAGAGGCCAUUGGCAACAUGCCACUGUAUGCCAAGGAAUACGAGGCCAGUCUGGGGCAAGCGUCGUCCUAUGGACAGCUCGUGUCACGCAGUUACGAUCCGAACUACUUGAGUCGGCGGGCUUUGGACGAGACCAACAUUUUCCGGGGUUCCGAGAGGAUGCCGCCGUUGAAGUGGUGCCAGGGCAUUGCUGACAUUGCGGCAGAGCACGCUCGGCAAAUGGCUCGAGGUGAGAUGCCCUUCAGCCAUGAUGGCUUCUCGGAUCGAGUGAGUCGCUAUCCGAUUCCUCACCUCAGUGCGGCGGAGAACCUGGCAUACAACAGCGGCGUGGCUGAUACAGCUGGCGUUGCGGUCCAGGGCUGGAUCAAGUCGCCGGGCCAUCGCAAGAAUUUGUUGGGUGCUUUCGACCUCUGUGGAAUCGGUGUUGCGCAGUCCUCCUCUGGACAGUUCUUCUUCACGCAGCUGUUUGCCCGAAGCGCCGGCGGGGUUGUCACGAUCUGCACCAAGCACUUCGAGAAUCAAGUCUUGCAGUACAUGCAGAAGGAGGGACGGCUGAUUCUGGAGGAUGACACCCCGUUUGAUAACAAGGGCUGGACACAGUGCAAGGUCUACACCCUCCGAAAGCCACCCGCCCCGAACCCAGAACUAACAGUGCCAAGUUGCAAAG